GCGAAGGGGGGGCGGGAGGAGGACUCCGUCGAAGCUCCCCCCGCGCUGGCUUCUGCACGCGCGCUCCCGCCCCUUCCCCUUCCUUCCCAGGUGGUACUGCCCUCCCGCGCCAGUCCUGGCUGGGCGGAGCCGGCCCGGGGGAGGCGGGGUUGGCGCUCAACAGCCGGCGCCGGUUGCAGCAGGGGGCUGGGAAGGCGAGCGGCGAGUCCCGCCAGCCCUCGUUGCGUCGCCGCCGGAGAAGGAGGAAGCGCGCCCCGCCGCCGCCGCCCUCGCCCUCGCCUUGCCCGGCUCUCGCCCAGCACCGCAGCCCGCUUUCCGCGCGGUGCCGGCGAUCCCGCUGCUCCGCCGCCCGGGGUCAGCCGGCCUAGCUCGCCGCCCCGGCCCGAUCCCUGCGCGCCCGCACUUGGGGAGCCGCGGCCGAGAGCGGGGGCGGGCGGACCAGCGGUCGGCUCGAGUCGCGGCGGGGAUGAACAGCCCCGAGGAGGACGCAGGAGCGAGCCCCGUGCCCAGUCCGGGCGUCCCCCCCUUCGACGAGCCCCCCCAGAAAAGACAGAGAACUGUAGAAGACUUCAAUCAGUUCUGCACCUUUGUGCUAGCCUACGCAGGCUACAUUCCAUAUCCAAAGGAGAAUGAGCCAUGGACAUAUCGAGGCAACAGGAGCCCUCAGAACAGUACAGGAAGCACACAAGACAGUGACAGUUGGGGAUCAUCGCAGUCCUGCGACUCCCAAGUGCUUUCAGAUGAUGGAGGAGCCAGGAGCAGAGUGUACAAGGGGACAGGAGAGCUGCUGAGCUGCCCUAACGUUGCCAGUAGCUUUUGCACCGGUCGGCACCAGCAAACUAAGAAGAGGAAGCAGUCGGCAAAGAAGCUCAGUGUGAACCAAGUGGCGGACAAGGGGUUGAUCCCCUUGAAGGACCAUGUGCAGAGAACACUUGAGGCUUGUGAGGAAGCGAAGGAGCUGAAACCCUGUCUCCAGGAACUCCCAUCCAGACCUCUCCUGGAGAAAGACUGGAUCCCUGGGCUUUACACUGAAGAGAAGCCUGAGGAGGAGAGAAUCAGCCCUGCCUCUUGGAAUGUUGUGGGGCAAAGCACGGAAGAACUUGAAGGAGGCGGCCCACAGCUUAGCAAUCUGCCAAAGGAGUUUGUUGCGGCCUCAGACUCCAAAACAGAUGAAGAUGAUGCUUGGGAUUUAAUCACUUGCUUCUGCUUAAAGCCCUUUGCUGGGCGGCCAAUGAUCGAAUGCAACGAGUGCGCUACUUGGAUACACCUCUCCUGCGCAAAGAUUCGCAAGUCCAACGUGCCUGAGAUCUUCAUCUGUCAACGCUGCCGUGACGCAAAGCAAGAGAUUCGCCGGUCAAACAGAGCCCGGACCGUCCCCCGCAAGCGCUUCUGUGAUUAACUGUAGCUGGGCGGGAUGAGGGGCCGCCCUCAGAGCUUUGAUUGGAUUUCUGCUGCCAAGACAAUCAAAAUGUGGGAACUGCCCUAGGGAGAGAAGCGAGGCAUCCCUGGGAGUUUCCAAAACGUUGACAUGGGUAUCUUAUUCCAAAUGUCGAAAUGGGGAAGAGGACACACUGAGGUUCUUUCCCGAAAUGGUCUGUCGAGGGUGCUGUUGAGAUCUCAGGGUUAUGCUAGAGCAGCAAAUGCACAGACGCCUGGCAGGCGCGGGGGACGUCUGGGGAGGGGGUGGGUGGAAUUGCAGCAGGCAAUGCACUAAGUCAGCCAGUAGCCUCUCUGCCCUUGUGCAGAGGUGCCUUUUCUCAGCAGACAAAAAAGGGAGUAGUAGGCCCAAACAGAAUUUCUCUGUGGUACGCUAGCUGCUUGGACUUAGAAUGGGUGAGAUUGCGCACCCCGGUUUUGUGGUCGUUCUUUGCCCCUUAGAACAGUGGGUUGGGAAGCUCCUUGACCCCUUUCCCAAAAGCACACUUCCAGGGGGACAGUCCCCUCUUUGUGCGCACACAGCUUAGGGAGGAAUCUCCUGCAGCCCCUCUGGAGGGCUCUGUCCCCAGGACAGCUGGCAUCAAACACCAGAGCCGUGCAUCCUGCUCCCCGUUCUUUCAGCAUUCGAGCAAGAUGCCAUGCUAUCACCAGGCUAGUCACUAUUGGACCAGGAAAGGGGGGUUUAAUAUUCCCUUACUGUACAUACUUGGUAUGCAGAGGCUUAGAAAAUAUUUAGUUGUACCUACUCGACUCACUUACCCAGCCUAGACUUCCAGUUGCACUACUGUCUUGUUUGAAGGGAAUGUGGGUCUCGCGGGAAGGGGGCAAACUGGGAAAGGCAGUGGGGCCCUCUUAGGAUCUAAAAAGGGGGAGCCAAGGUAGAUGGAUGGUGGGCCACCUGGCAGAAGCAGAUUGGGUCCUGCUUGUUUCCAGGCUGCUUUUGGAAGAGCAUUCUGGGGAUUGCUAAAAGAAAGACAAGAUCUGUGUACUAUGCAAACUACUGGUAGUUCCCAGGAAAAUUGUGCCAGCAAGCAAAUGCUUGUCUCAAAGAUGACUGUCACUCUACCCCAGUGUUUCUCAACCGUGGCCAUUUUAAGAGGUGUGGACUUCA